UAGCAGAGUGGCAAGACAGUUAUCCAAGGGAUAAUUUCAUCUUUAUGCCUGCCUCUGACUCUACACCAAGUGACAGAGAUAUUUUGCAGGAUGUAGAGUGUGUGGAGCAGGAUGAUGAUGAUGAGGUCUAUCCUCAAAUACAGACAGCAGAGACAACAGAAUUUUUCUUCUGUCACCAAAGUGAAUUUCAACGUCAUCUUUUGUACAGGUAUGGAAACUCCCUUUGCUUUCUUGACACAACAUACAGAACAACAAAAUAUGCAUUGCCUCUGUUUUUUCUUGCUGUGAAGACUAAUGUUGGAUACAGUGUAGCUGCAGAAUUCAUUGUGCAGCAUUAAACAAAGAAAUCCAUAAUGCAGGGUCUACAAACCAUUAAAACUCGGCUCCUUAAUGCACCGGACAGGCCAGCUGAAUGGUCCUGGGAGCCUAAGUUUUUUAUGACAGAUUUUUGCGAAAGAGAAAUUGUUGCCAUUGAGGAAGUUUUCCCUGAAAGCUUUGUUUUUAUCUGUGUGUUAUCUGCAAAGUUGGACCAGAUGGGUCAGUAAGACUGACAAUGGUCUUGCUGACUGCAAAGACCAUGUGCUGGGAAUGCUGAGGAGAUGUGCUCAUGCAUCAUCAGAGAAAGAAUACACAGAAGCCAUCACAAAAUUGCAAAAUUCAGAUAUCUGGGCCAGAAACAGUCGUCUUAGAAACUGGUUUACAAAAACAUGGUUGACAGAAAAAAAGCACUGGGUUUGGUCACAGAGAUAUGGAUCUGGACUCUUGGUGAACACGAAUAACGGUCUGGAGAGACAGAAUAAAGUAUUCAAGUACCAGUUUUUAGAACAACGAAAAAACAACAAUGUUUCAGGAAUGAUAUCAAGCCUCGUGCAUCAGUAUUUACCAACAAUGAUGCUCAAGUAUAUAAGGGAUAAUGCCACGGCAACAGAUGGGUUUGGACGAUCGUACAUAACUGAUGUACCAGAGUUUUUGAAGAACAGACCUCCACGCCUCAUAAAACACUGCAUGUCAAAAAUGGAACUAGCCGACACAAUCAAUGAAACUGAAGUUAUAUCUCUGGGCAACAGAACAUACAAGGGGAACUGGCAGACUGACCUUGGGAUCUGCUAG